GAGGGAGGAAGAAAGAAAGAGACAGUGGGUUUCAAUAAUAAUGACAACUACCAUUACCAAUGGCGGGUUCCACGACACUUCUGCAACUCUGCGCAUCUCUGAAACCCAAACCAUUUUUCAAUUCACCCAAAACUUCUCUCCUGCUUCACACAUCUCCAUGCAUUUUCCAUUUUUUAUUUUCCCCACAAUUCACUGUAACUACUACUUCAAUAAAAACAAUCAAAUCGCUCUUCCUUUCUUUCUCUCUCUUUCAUCGAUUCACACCAUUCUUUCUCAUUCUCUCUCGCAUGGACGGUAACGAGUCCAUUUCAUCAAUCUAAACGGUCAGAUUUCAGUCUACUUUCUCCUCUGUUGCAGCAUAUAUUUCUUCGUCGUCUACUUUUCUGUGUUUCUUCUAGGGUUUGUGUGUGUCUCUGGAACUCGGUUUCUGUUUAUAUAGAUCUUGUUCGGAUCCGGUGUACAGGCGCUGGGGUUCGGCAUGCUUGGUGGUUGUGUUUGUAUUGUGCAUUUGUAUGGACGGGAGGGAAGGCGAUGAUGUGUGCGAGUGGUGCUGGUGGAGAUGAUCUAGGGUUUGGAUUAGGGUUUUGUCGGUGGUGGUGGUGGAGGUGGUGCUUGAUAUGGGCUGCGGAGGCUCCAAGGUUGAUGAUUAUCCGUUGGUAACUCUUUGCAGAGAGCGUAAGGAGUUGAUCAGGGCCGCCGCGGAGCACCGUUACGCUCUCGCUUCCGCUCACAUUUCUUACUUCCGAUCCUUGAAGGAUGUUGGUGAUGCUCUUCGCCGAUUCGUCGACGAAGAGCUCGUGAUUGGUGCCACUUCGCCGUUGGAUUCGCCGGUUCUCACGUUGCCCUCACAGGAAGGAAAGAGGAAAAACAGGAAUAAUAGUGGUAAUAAUAAAGGUUCGUCUUCGUCAACUUCGAUUCCACAUACAGUUUCGCCUCAUACGCCGGAAGAGGACGCAGGGGAAGGGUCUCACCUGCAUUUAUCAUCUGGGUCGGAAUCUGAAUUGGGUUCUUCAUCUGGUCACAUUCAUAUCGAGGACUCUCCAGAAUUGGAGAGGCGGUAUAAUUCGUCUCCUCCAAUGGGUUGGAGCCCACCUGGAAUGAAUUCAUAUUCAUAUUACAUGAAGUCCUCUCCUGCCCCACCAAAUGUGGUGUACGAGGAGGUGCAAAGAUCUCCAACGGAGAAUGAGCAAUGGGGGAACUCUGGUUACGCUUAUCCAGGCUAUCCAUACGCGAAUGGAGGGUACUAUGGGGAUCCUCAUUAUAAUUCACAACCGAGUCCUCGAGCUGCUCCACCAUCCCCUCCUUCACCCAAGGUCUCUGCCUGGGACUUUUUGAAUCCAUUUGAUUCAUAUGAUAGUGUUUACCCAAGUUAUUAUUCACAGAGUAGACACGGAUCAGCUGCAGGUAGUAGUCCUGAUUCGAAGGAAGUGAGGGAGAGAGAGGGAAUUCCCGAUUUGGAAGAUGAAACAGAGCAAGAAGUGACGAAAGCGGUUCACCAAAAAGAAAAGAAAUUGAAUGAUUAUGUAAAUAGAAAUUCAGGCGAAGGUACUUCAAGGGCAGUACCAGUGAAGCGUGGUGAAGACAAUUCAUGGACAGUGCCAUCAAAAAAGAGUGAGAACACGCAAUCAGCCCAAGGAAGAGAAGGAAAAGAGAUAAAGAGCAGCCCUGAUACCAUUGUAUCGAUGAGCUCUGAAGAGGGGUCGACAAAGAAAAAAUCGGUCAGUUUUGAAGAGGCAUCAGUGCAUGAUAUUGAAUCCUCCAAACAGAGUAGCAUGACGACAUUGUCUGCCCAUGGCACACGAGACCUUCAGGAGGUUGUCAAGGAAAUCAGGGAUGAAUUUGAGACAGCAUCUGGUUAUGGGAAAGAGGUUUCAAUGUUGCUCGAGGUGGGCAAGUUGCCUUAUCAGCCUAGAGGCACUGUAUUUAAAGUGAUCUUGUCCAGGAUCUUGUAUCUUAUAGCCCCUUCAACCUCAUCUUCACACCUUCCAUCCAGUCAGUCUGUACAAAUGGCUUACAGCACAAUGAAAAUGGCAAAAGCCUACUAUGGGGAUUCCUGGAAGGAUAUCUAUACGAAGCCAAACAAACUUUCAUCAACUUUGGACAAGUUGUAUGCAUGGGAGAAGAAACUAUAUAAGGAAGUUAAGGAUGAGGAAAGGCUUCGGAUUAUCUAUGAAAAGAAGUGCAGGAGGCUUAGAGCUUUGGAUAACGGAGGAGCUGAGUCCAGUAAAAUUGAUGCUACCCAGGCUUCAAUAAGAAAGUUGCUGACAAAAAUUAAUGUUUGUAUCAGAUCUGUUGAUGCAAUCUCAGGCAGGAUACACAAGUUGAGGGAUGAAGAAUUGCAGCCCCUACUCACCGAAUUGAUUCAUGGAUUGAUCAGAAUGUGGAAGUCCAUGCUCAAGUGUCAUCAAAAGCAGUUCCAAGCCAUAUUAGAGAGUAAAACUCGCACUCUGAAAGCACGAACAGGUUUUAGAAGAGAUUUGAGCUUGAGAGCAACUGUAGAACUCGAAAUGGAGCUCCUGAAUUGGUGCACCCGUUUUAACAAUUGGGUUAACAUCCAAAAGAGCUAUGUUGAGUCCUUGAAUGGGUGGCUAUUGAGGUGCCUUCUUCAUGUACCUGAAGAAACGGAUGAUGGAAUUUUCCCCUUCUCUCCAGGCCGGAUUGGAGCUCCAGCAAUCUUCGUAAUGUGUCAUGAUUGGUACCAAUCCAUGGAAAGAAUUUCAGAAGCUGCAGUAGCAGAUGCCUUGCAAGAUUUUGCUAUGAAAUUGCACCAGUUAUGGGACAGGCAGGACGGGGAGCAAGUUCAAAGGCUCAAAGUAGAUUACCUUUCAAAGGAUUUUCAGAAGAGGCUAAAAACACUUCGCAUGGAGAUGAAGAGAAUUGACCAUGAGCAAGAUGCAUUGUCAGAGAAAACAGCGGUCUCAAUUGUUGCCUCUGAAAGCGGAAUUUCACCACUGGAUGAUCUGAGAGUGGAUUUGGAUUCAAUGAGAAAGAGAAUAGCUGAAGAGAGAACCGAGCAUAAGGGGGCCAUUAAACUGGUGCCCGCCGCAGCCUCUGCCAGUUUGCAAGCAGGUCUGAUCCCUAUUUUUGAGGCUUUGGAGAAUUUCACUUCAGAGGCACUGAAAGCUCAUGAGCAAGUGAGGCUUCAAAACACCGGGGAGGCUCAGGGAAACUAAUGUUUGAAUUUUGGCAUGAAACCAAUGUGUGGAAUCACGCCCUUAUAGAAUGGUUGGAGGAAAAAAAGAAGGGGAAAGAAGAAGAUUACACAGAUGAAAGAAUUUUAGGCAUUAUAGAAAGUGACUUGGAGCUGAUGUUGUAGAAUCAGUACUGUAGAACAGAAUGAUUACUGGAAGCUGAUCCGUCAUGGGGGAUGGGGGAAGGAUAUUUGGAGAAUGAAGAAGAGGGGCUUUUGUGUUGAACAGUGGUUGUGUAAUAAACCUGAAAGUAGGCAGGAGUAGGACAAUGUACAGCAAUUCUUUGAUUGGUUGAUUGGUUGCUCAGGACUCAGGAGGAUGUAUUGGUUGUUACUGUAACCCUCAGAAAAUGGAAACAGGAUUUCCAUUUCAAACCCUUGUAGUAUAGAAAAUGCCCCCCUUGAAUUUUGGUGUAGCAUCAGUUUCCAACUACAAGCUGUUUGGUUGGUUUCCAUUGACAUAUGAACAUCGUAACAACCCACUGGAUUAUGGGUUUAGAUUAAUCACCUCAUAUUCAUCA